AUGAAAGCCAACCACAAGUACCAACUGUCGCUGCUUGGCACACCCUCGCAGCAGAUUUUGCACCAGCAGUUACACCAGGGCCAGCAUCACCAGCAACAGCAACAACAACAGCCCCAACAGGAUUAUCAGAGCCACCCGCAACAGCAACAACAGCCUCCACAGGCGCAACAACAGACGACGUUGGGUCAAUACCAAGCACAGAACGCGCUCCACUCUCAGCUUCCUCGCUUGAACCAGCCCAAGUUCAUGAAUCAGCAAGGCGUGAUCCUUCAGCAGCCGUCUCUGACGCUCCAUUUGGGCGCCGGAAGCUUUCCAUCUCCGAACAAAGUUAACUCUGUUAACGUUGACGACCCUUCAUCGCUCUACUGGCAACACCAGGUCCUGUUGUGUCUGUUAUCCCGUGCUGAAGACUUGCCUCACUAUUAUGCCAGGCAGUACGCACAGAAUUCGCGCAAAACCAAGAACCCUUACGCGGACGUGAAGUCUGUGACUUUGGUUGAUGCCACGAAGACAAUUGUGGCUACUAUGGAGGAACAGGAGAAGCAGCAGGCCGCGCAGACAUACGCAACUCCAUCCGCAUUAAUGCGUAACAAGAAAGUUGAUUUGGAGGAGGACGAAGAGCAGAGAAUGAUUGCCCGCACCCAGGGCAAACAGCUCUGGUGCCAUAUGGACUUUUCUGGACAAGGCUUGCUCAACUUGGCACCCAAAUUGUUCCAGUACGAGUUCUUGGAGUCUUUGUACUUGAACAACAACAAGCUCACAACUGUGCCCCUGGUGGUGAAGAAAUUGCGUGGAUUGCGUGUGCUUGAUUUAUCCCAGAACAGAAUCAGCGAGAUCCCCCCUGAACUUGGCUUGUGUUACAACUUGAGAUAUCUUUACUUGUUUGAUAAUAACAUCAAAACUUUGCCUCACCAAUUUCGCAACUUGAUAGAGUUGUUAUUCUUGGGGAUCGAGGGGAACCCAAUUGACUUGAACAUUGCAAACUUGAUCGCCGAGCAAGGCACCAAAGCAUUGAUUACUCACUAUAGAGAUAUGGAGCCAACGUACCCCGAGCCCAAGCCCAGGUCUUGGAUUUUGUUAGAAGAUGAUGGUGACGUGAUUGACCCAGUGCAGAACCCAAACGCUUACACUGAUGACCAUCUUAGCGCUGAUUCUGCAGACUCAUUCACGUUGAUGUCCUACAAUACGUUGUGUCAACACUAUGCUACCACGAAGAUGUAUAAGUACACUCCUUCUUGGGCCCUCGAUUGGGAUUUCAGAAGAAACGCGUUGAAGGAAGAAAUUAUUCGUUACAAUUCUGAUGUGAUUUGCUUACAAGAGGUCGAAACAAGAACGUUUCACGACUUUUGGGUACCUAUCAUGUCUAACAUUGGUUACAAGGGCUAUUUUUUCAGCAAAACCCGAUCGAAAACGAUGAGUGAACUGGAAUCCAAGAAGGUGGAUGGAUGUGCGACAUUUUACCGUGCUUCUAAGUUUCAAUUAAUUCAAAAGCAGCACCUAGAGUACAACACAGUUUGCAUGGGCUCCGACCGUUACAAGAAGACGAAAGACUUGUUCAACCGUUUCAUGAACAAAGACCACAUUGCUCUUAUCACAUAUCUACAACAUUUGGAAAGUGGAGAGAAGAUUGUUGUUGUCAAUACCCACUUGCACUGGGACCCUGCUUUUAAUGACGUAAAAGCAUUGCAAGUUGGUAUCUUGUUGGAAGAAUUACAAGGAAUUGUCAAAAAGUUCAAAGGGACAAACAACUCGGAUGAGGCGAAAAGAACUUCUAUGGUCAUUUGUGGUGACUUUAACUCAACUAAGAAGAGUGCCGUGUACCAGCUCAUUUCGUCAGGUUCUGUUUCAAAGCACGAGGACAUGGAUGGCAGAGACUAUGGCAGAUUCACCGACGAAGGGUUCCACCACUCGUUUAAAUUGAAGUCAGCCUAUGAUCACCUCGGCUCCGAUUUUCCAUUCUCCAAUUUCACGCCCACAUUCACCAACGAGAUAGACUAUGUCUGGUACUCCACCAACUCUUUGCAAGUGAAGGGGUUGUUGGGUAAGGCCGAUGAAGAGUAUUUUGCUCAACAAAUCGGUAUACCUAACGCACAUUUCCCCUCGGACCACAUCCCGUUGGUCACAAAGUUCCAGAUCAAGAAAAAGGGACAUGGUGCGGGAGGAACGAAGAAACCCGAGUUCAAGCCCGACUACAAGUCCGCCUCGUCGAGGAAGACUUGA